UCUCUCUCUCUCUCACUCUCUACUUUACCGCCUUUUUUCUUUAUUAUGAUUAUAGGCCUAUCGCUAUGGACUAUGCUUUUCUUCUUUUCCUUAAAAUAUUUGAUACGUAUUUGGUUUUUAAAUUAGAGCGCCAAUGUUCUUAUUAUCACCCUCUUUUUUUUACCUUUUAGUAUACUUAGAAAAAAAGCAAUAUGACUGAUCCAUUCGACGACGGUUUAGAUGAUAGCUAUUUUCAAGAUGUUCAGUUGGAAUUUGAAGAGGAAAAAAAGGACUUGACAGAUUCAAAGAUAAAGUUACCUGUACCAGAAACUUUUCCAUUCCCAUUUCCUCCAUACGAUAUUCAAGUUGGAUUUAUGAAAAACGUUUACGAAUGCCUGGAAAAUCGUGGUAUAGGAAUAUUUGAGAGUCCUACCGGAACGGGUAAAUCCUUAAGUAUAGCUUGUUCUGCGUUAAAGUGGUUGAUUGAUAAUGAAGAGAGGCAAAAAAAGGAUUUGGAUAAUCUAUUGUCGGACAAUAACGAGGAGGAGAGCGGUGGCGAUUGGAUAAAGCAACAUGAAAUUAAAAAGAAAAAAGAGGACGAUGCAUACGAAUUAAAGAAAAUAAUUGAAAAUAGAGAAACGUUAGAUGCAAGAUUAAAAGAUUUAAAGAAAACUCUUAAAGAAGCUUUAGAAUUAAGGAAAAAGACAGAUAAAUUGGAUCAAGAAUUCAGACAAAUUUAUAAAGAUCAAAAUGUUCCUGAUUUUAAGAAAAUGAAUGAGAAUUUCGAACCGUUAGAUAAUGACGAUAACGAUGAAGAUAAUCUUCUUGUCGACGAUUACGAUAGUGACGAAAAUGAUAAAAAAGGAAAUCGUUGUUCGGAUGAUGAGAAUGAAGAAGAUCUUGUAACGAAAAUUCUCUACUGUUCAAGAACUCAUACCCAACUUUCUCAAUUUGUUCACGAAGUUAAAAAGACAGAUUUCUCAGAGAAUAGUAGGGUUAUAUCUUUAGGAUCUAGACAGAAUUUUUGUAUUAAUCCAUCUGUACGAAAGUUAGAAUCGUUAACCUUAAUAAACGACAGAUGUUUAGAAUUACAAAAGAAUAAGACUAAGAAAAAAAGCAGCGAGACGCCGCCGAAAAAACGCAGAAAGUCGGAAAAAAUUGAAAAAUCUUGCCCUUAUAAUAAAAAGGAAAAUAUCAGAUUUUAUAAGGAUAGAGCAUUGAUAGAAAUACAAGAUAUAGAAGAUUUAACACAACAGGGAAAAAGUAUUAAAGCCUGCCCAUAUUACGGUUUAAGAGCUGCAAUACCGGAUGCUCAAUUAAUUUGCCUACCUUACAAUACUUUAUUACAUAAGCCUACGAGAGAAAAGAGUGGAAUAAAACUGAAAGGAAAUAUAGUGAUAAUAGACGAAGCACAUAAUCUAUUCGAAACUAUAAGUUCUGUUUACAGUGUUCAAAUUUUUGGCAGUCAGUUAAUUCAAGCCCAUUCUCAACUGCAACAGUACCACGAUAAAUAUAGAUCGAGAUUAAAGGCAAAGAAUUUAUUAUAUAUCAAACAAUUAAUAACCAUAUUAAGCUGUUUAAUAAAAGCAUUAGGAGGAAAAGCUGGUAUAAACGCUGACAGUCAAUCAGUUGGAAUAGAUAGUAGACUAGAGACGUUGAACGAUUUCCUAUUCAAAAAUCAAUUGGACCAUAUGAAUUUCUUUAAAAUUAAGAAAUAUUGUGAAAAUAGUCAAAUUUCCCGAAAGUUACACGGUUUCAUUGAAAAUUCGUUGAAUGAGGAUGAAAAUGACAAAAGUGAAAAUACUAAGGGAGUAACAUCUUUCCUUAAAACGAUAUCAAAGCCAAAAGUAACAAAGAACGAUAUUGAAGAAAAUGAAAAUUUGUCUGUUGAAGAGAAACAAUUAAAGAGAUCUUCUCCUUUAAUGAUUAUUGAAAGCUUUAUUGAAACUUUAACAACAGCUGAUGUUGACGGCAGAAUCUUAAUAAGUAAACAAAAUUUACUAAGUAAAAGUUGGAUAAAGUUCGUAUUGUUAAAUCCUGCCUUAUAUAUCAAAGAUAUAUUGGAAGAAGCUAGAGCAGUUAUUGUCGCUGGCGGUACUAUGCAACCAUUUUCAGAAUUUAAAGAUCGUCUUUUCUACGCUGCUGGCGCAACUUCUAAUAGAAUUAUUGAAUAUACUUGCGAUCACGUUAUUCCUCCUGAAAAUAUUCACCCUAUGGCGCUGGCAAGAGGGGCCGGAGGUAUUCAAUUAGAUUUUAGUUACGAUUCGAGGCGCAAUUUCCAAAUUCUCGACGAACUUGGUAAAGUAGUUUGUAAUGUUUGUAAUAUUGUACCAGCCGGAGUAGUUUUAUUCUUUCCAUCAUACGAUUUUGAGAGAAUUGUUACAAAUCGAUGGAAUGAAACUGAUAUUAUUAAAAAGAUUGAAAUAAAGAAGAGAAUAUUUAGAGAACCUCAAAAAAGUUCAAUGGUAGAAAAGACUCUAAACGAAUAUAAAACUUGUAUAGAUAAAAAUUACAGGAAUUUUACUGGAGUAAAUGGAGCAAUUAUUUUCAGUGUUGUUGGUGGUAAAUUGAGCGAAGGAAUUAACUUUUCUGAUAAUUUAGGAAGAUGCGUUAUAAUGAUUGGUUUACCGUAUCCGAAUAAAAAAUCUGUUGAACUACAAGAGAAAAUGAACUAUUUAAAUCAAAAUAUGCCAAAAAGUUCGGAUGGAAGAUUACCAGGUCAAGUUUUAUACGAAAAUUUAUGUAUGAAAGCGGUUAAUCAAUCUAUAGGUAGAGCAAUAAGGCAUAAGAAUGAUUAUGCUUCAAUCUUACUAUUGGAUCAUAGAUAUUUAAGGCCAUCUAUAAAAUCAAAACUUCCAAAAUGGAUUGCAAAAGAAUUGAAAGAACACGAAAAAUUUGGUCCAGCUUUUGCAUCGUUAAACAACUUUUUCCGAGAGAAAUCCAAACUAAAAUCCUAUUGAAUGUAAAUGAAUAGCCUUUAGGCUAGAGAAGAAUUAUAUUACAAUGUAUUCUAACGCCCUCUGGUAUAUAUAUUCUAAAUGAUUAAUUUUCAAGAUGGUAAAAACUUGAACAGAAUGGAAAAAAGCAAUAUUUCUUAUUGAAUAUUAAUUUUUAUUUGCUUAUUUAAUAAAUUUUUAUAUAAAGAAUUACGAAUUCUUUUUAUUCACAAUACACUGCAAAUACAGUUGCGCAACAAAACGCCGUUGCCGUUUGAUAGCAACCCGAUGCUGAAUUAUCAGUUGUAACAUCCCAUGUACAUCUACUACCAAGUUGAAUUGAUUGCUUUUUAUUCUCUCCAAUGAAAACUUGACAAACGAAUUUAUACCGUUCAACGCAUAACUGUUUUAAUUCUCUUUGAAUCUCUUGACUAAUAACGGGACAAAUCAUUUUAGCCCUUUUAGAAUCAUAAUCGAAAUUAUCGAAUAUGGUUUUUAAUACGUUAUCAACGAUAUGCUUUAUUUGAUUAUAUAGAAUUUUCUUAUCCGGUUUAAGUUUAUAAGUAGGUUCGAGGUGUGGUUGCUCUGUUGAAAGAAAUAUUAAGAUAUUUUCAUAUUAUAAGGUUGAAGAAAUAUUUUAAAAAGACUGUUUACUGUAAAAGAAAUUUCAAAUUAAUUGCCAACAAUUUGGAUUAAUAUGUUUUACAAAGUAAAAAUCCUUUUUUACGCAGGUCUAACUGCUUUAAGGCGGGUACGAAGGAAUUGUAUUUGAAUGUGUUCCCUAUAUUACAUUUUUAUAGAGAAUAAUAAUGAUUGAUUAAUUAUUUAAUUAUUAUCUGGUUAAACAUUAAUUAUGUAGAUAUUUUUGAAAGAGAAAAUGAGAUAAAGGGAAGAAAAGAGAAAGGAUUGUAAUCCAGAGAAUACAGCACUUUUUCUUUUGUUUUUCAACAGUUGCUUUUAUAUUUGGAUAAUGAUCUCUCUUAUUGGGAAACGAUUUGUCCUUCUGUUCAAUUUUGUUUCGAGUACUCUUUUCUUUCUAUUCCGCUAUACCUCUUUCUUUCCUUUCAUCAUUUAUAGUGUAGGAUUAUAAUAUGAGCUUACUUUUUACCAAGAGUUUAAUAUUUAAACUAGAUUGAUACCACUAAUGAAACAACUGAAUAGAUAAACUUUUUAUUGCUUUAAAUAUCAAAAUAUUUAUUUGUUUGUCCACUUUUACCUUUUACUGUUGUACUCCUCCUAUCUUUUAUUCUGCCCAAAAGUGUACUUGCCGCCUUUUUAGCCGCUAAUGCCGCCAUUAUACUAUUUGGUUGCAUGUGCACAGAUGAUCUCCUGUCGGAUGACACUGAUGAUUUUCUCCUCUCAUUUGCGUUUAAUUUCGAACUAGCCAUUGCCGUUUUCAGAUCACUUUUGACUAGUGUUUAGCGUAGUAGGAUUACCAUUAAUCCUUUUAAUAUUUCAAGAUUUUAUGCAUAAAUAAUAGCACUAGCAGUGUAUAUCAAUUCAAGACGUGUUUAAUAGUCUGUUCUUUU